GAAGAAUACACCAUAACUUUCCUGUCCGAUCGAUCGCGUUCUCCGAUCCUUCUGUUCCGCACUAUAAAUCUUCAAUCUCCGCAAUCUGCAUUUCACAUCCAUAACACGAAUACCCAAUCAAGCCUGCGAUUUCUUCUGAUUGUUAAAGCUUUCAUCCAAAAUCGUCUAAAAUGUCUAUAAUCCCGAGUUUCUUCGAGGGUCGCCGGAGCAACGUCUUUGAUCCAUUCUCCAUGGAUUUAUGGGACCCGUUCUUCUCCAACACGUUGGCGAACUUCACCGGCGGGGAUACCGUACGAGAGACAUCCGCCUUCGCCAACGCUCGAAUCGACUGGAAGGAGACGCCGGAGGCUCACAUCUUCAAGGCGGACGUUCCCGGGCUGAAGAAGGAGGAGGUGAAGGUGGAGGUCGAGGAAGGGAAGGUGCUCCAGAUCAGCGGCGAGAGGAGCAAGGAGAAGGAAGAGAAGAACGACACGUGGCACCGCGUGGAGAGGAGCAGCGGGAAGUUUCUGAGGAGGUUCAGGCUGCCGGAGAAUGCGAAGGUCGAUCAGGUGAAAGCGGCGAUGGAGAACGGUGUUCUUACUAUCACUGUGCCCAAGGUUGAAGAGAAGAAGGCUGAAGUGAAGAAUGUUCAGAUCUCUGGCUGAGAAAACAGAACCUCUAUGUAUUACCUCUAUUAUCAAUUUGGUGUUCGCUGUGGUGCAGUUAAUUGAAUAAGUGUGUUGUUGAAUUUGUGUCAUCGUCUUCCUUUGUCCUGCACACCACAUCAAGCUUUGAGCUAUGGCGAUCCUUUUGUAAUUUUUUAUCCGUAUAUAAAUUGUCUGCGUUUUCUUAAAUUUCAAAUUUUUGAAUACUCCGUAUCAUUUAUGGAUUAUUGUUAUACUCCGUAUUUCCGUGGCUUUCUAAUCGAUUUUCAUCACAUUUGCU